CACCAGUUUUGUAUGGGUGACAAAUCCCAUCCACAAUCAAUGGAGAUUGAUAUGUACUUGAAAGAAAUAACUUGGGAAAUGAAACUGCUGGGUUACGUGCCUGACACCGGCUCUGUUUUACAUGACAUGGAUGCUGAGGAGAAGGAACACAACUUGGCACACCAUAGUGAAAAGUUUGCAAUUGCUUUUGCUCUGAUGAACACCCCAGAGGGUGUUCCAAUCCGGGUGAUGAAGAAUUUGCGUUUCUGCAGUGAUUGCCAUGUUGCUAUCAAGUACAUAUCGGAGACAGAAAACCGAGAAAUUAUUGUACGAGAUGCUAGUAGGUUUCACCAUUUCAAAGAUGGGAAAUGUUCUUGUGCUGAUUACUGGUAGGGAGAUUUUGCACUGCUUUGGCUGUUUAUGCCAUCAGUUCUUUGUUUUAUGUUUUGAACAAUGGGAUUUUUCUCAUUUAUUCAUGUAACAUGAUUUUAACUCAUCUCAUAUAUGGAAAGAGAUGAAUUUGUUUUUAUACAGACUUGUUG